CUGUCAAAACCACAUUACCCAUAAAGCCCAGGUGCAUAUGUUGCCUAUUUUUCCGGAUGUAGCAUCACAUGAAUUGACUGUCAACAUGCAAGAUGGCCACGCAUCACAGGCAAAAUGCUGCUGGGCGGAGAAAAGUACAGGUGUCCUAUGUCAUUAGAGAUGAGGUGGAGAAGUACAAUCGAAACGGGGUGAAUGCACUCCAGUUAGACCCUGCGCUGAACCGGCUCUUCACUGCUGGACGAGACUCGAUCAUCCGGAUAUGGAGCGUCUACCAGCACAAACAGGACCCAUACAUUGCCUCGAUGGAGCAUCACACAGACUGGGUUAAUGACAUAGUUCUCUGUUGCAAUGGAAAAACAUUGAUCUCUGCCUCAUCAGACACGACAGUCAAAGUAUGGAAUGCGCACAAAGGAUUUUGUAUGUCGACGUUACGAACACACAAGGACUACGUGAAAGCUCUGGCCUAUGCAAAGGACAAGGAGCUUGUGGCAUCCGCAGGUCUGGACCGGCAGAUCUUUCUUUGGGAUGUGAACACACUAACGGCACUCACUGCUUCCAACAACACUGUCACCACUUCGUCUCUGAGUGGGAACAAGGACUCUAUCUACAGUCUGGCUAUGAACCAGAUGGGCACAGUCAUCGUAUCUGGAUCCACAGAAAAGGUUCUGCGAGUGUGGGAUCCUCGGACAUGUGCAAAACUGAUGAAGCUAAAGGGUCACACAGACAAUGUCAAGUCAUUGCUGCUGAAUCGAGAUGGCACUCAGUGUCUGUCAGGCAGUUCAGACGGGACCAUCCGCCUGUGGUCACUCGGCCAGCAGAGGUGUAUUGCCACCUACCGGGUGCACGAUGAAGGGGUUUGGGCCCUGCAGGUCAAUGAGGCCUUCACACACGUCUAUUCUGGAGGGAGAGACAAGAAGAUCUACUGCACUGACCUGCGUAACCCAGACAUCCGUGUUCUCAUCUGUGAGGAGAAGGCUCCGGUGCUCAAAAUGGAACUGGACAGAUCUGCUGACCCACCUCCAGCAAUCUGGGUCUCCACCACCAAGUCAUCCGUUAAUAAAUGGUCUCUAAAGGGAAUGCACAACUUCAGAUCAUCAGGGGAGUAUGACAAUGACUGCACGACCCCUCUGACACCACUGUGCACUCAGCCAGAGCAAGUCAUCAAGGGAGGAGCCAGUAUCAUCCAGUGCCACAUUCUGAAUGACAAAAGACACAUACUCACCAAAGACACCAACAACAAUGUGGCUUUUUGGGACGUCUUGAAGGCUUGCAAGGGUGAAGACUUGGGGAAAGUGGAGUUUGACGAAGAGAUUAAAAAGCGCUUCAAGAUGGUUUAUGUGCCAAACUGGUUCUCUGUAGAUCUGAAAACUGGGAUGCUCACCAUCACAUUGGAUGAGAGUGACUGCUUUGCUGCCUGGGUGUCUGCAAAGGAUGCUGGGUUUUCAAGCUCUGAUGGGUCCGACCCAAAGUUAAACCUGGGUGGACUGCUGCUCCAGGCUCUGCUGGAGUUCUGGCCCAGAACUCGCAUCAACCCCAUGGACGAGGAAGAGAACGAGGUGAACCAUGUGAACGGAGAGCAGGAGAACAGGGUCCAGAAGGGAAAUGGAUAUUUCCAAGUGCCACCACACACGCCAGUCAUCUUUGGGGAAGCAGGAGGCAGAACUCUAUUUAGGUUGCUAUGUAGAGAUUCAGGUGGAGAGACUGAGUCCAUGCUGCUGAAUGAGACAGUCCCACAGUGGGUUAUUGAUAUAACUGUAGAUAAAAAUAUGCCCAAGUUCAACAAAAUCCCAUUCUACCUCCAGCCCCAUUCUUCUUCCGGUGCAAAAACUCUCAAGAAGGACCGCCUCUCGGCCAGUGACAUGCUCCAGGUGAGGAAGGUGAUGGAGCACGUCUACGAGAAGAUCAUCAACCUAGACAACGAGUCUCAGACCACCAGCUCGUCAGCCAACGAUAAGCCUGGGGAGCAGGAGAAGGAGGAGGACAUGGCGAUGCUGGCUGAGGAGAAGAUCGAACUAAUGUGUCAAGACCAGGUUCUAGAUCCCAACAUGGACCUGCGAACAGUUAAACAUUUUAUCUGGAAGAGCGGAGGGGACUUGACGCUUCACUAUAGGCAGAAGUCCACGUGAAAGUCACAAUUUUUAAAACGGGACCUUUCGUCAUUUGCCAAUCACCACCCACCUCUGACAUGUAGUACCCGAAAACCCCAUUGUGAGGUCCAGAGUUGCAGCAUCAAUGAGAAUCCAGUAAAAUUUGUGAGGACGUGACUCACAGUGUAUCAUAGGGAACUGACCAGAACAGGCCGGAGCAGCCAAGAGACACCUGGGAAAAGAGUGGUCCGUAGUGUUUCUUUUCUCUUUCUUUUUUCUUUCUUACAGUUUGACAAGAAUCAAGAGAAUGGACUGUUUUCUCCAGCGCUCACCAAUAUCUUCGUUUUUUUUUUUUCUUCUUUUCUUUGACUGCUAUGUUUAUUCUUUCCUUCAGAUUGGCAUCUUUAUUUUGAAGCGACUGAAGUUACAGUACAUGUUUGUGUCCAAGAGUGUGUGUGUGUGCACAUGGAUGUAGUAGACUGUUUGUUUGUUCUAGUACAUUCCAGAAACUGUCCUUGUUCUACAAACACUCCACACCUGUCUCAGCUGUAUCACCAGUUUAGGAGUACACUUGGUCUCUGGGUAGCGUCACAGUCCUCCUCUGUUCUGUCGUCAUCUUAACUUGAACUUAACCUCGGCUUAGACAUCUAAUUACUGCAGAGCUUGAACCUCAUUGACAGAAGCACUUGUCUUUGUCAUUUCUGUUUAGCUGUGCUGUUCUCAAUGGACUGAAUGUUCAUUUGUUUUUGUAAAUACAUGUACAACAUUUUUUGAUUUAAGUGACUUUUGGUUUUGCAGCAGUUUUAUUGUGUUGUUGUACAGCUUACUGAAAACAAACUGUUAUAUUUUCCAAAUCCCUAGAGCACACAUUCAUGAUCAUGAAGGUAAUUUGACUUGGAUGUUAAAAAUUGCAUCUGUUGUAUUCACUACAAGCCAGAAUCUGCAGUUUAAGAAUGUUAGUAGUCGUCCAAGUCAUCUUAGCAAUCGGGAAAUUAUAUAUUAUAAGGUAUGUAUCUUUAACAAUAACUUGUGCUUACUCGCUCUGUGCUUGGGUCAUGAGCAGUGACUUUGAUGACAGUGAGGGCUGUUCCAAAUGUAUAUUUCAUUUUAGAUUCUAUAGGAGUUCAAUGAAACAUGAAUAUAACUUGAAGGGGAAUCUCAUCCAAGAGAACAUAUAAAUAUUCAACCACUGUGGGAAAUUCACCAAAGUGAAAUAAAUGGUAAUACCCAUUUCUCUCUUGGUGUCACCAAGCAGAACAACAGAUCCUCUCAUUGUAAAUUUUCUGCCGUUACUUUUUGCCAUGAUGUGUGUUUAACGCCAUAGUGAGGAUGCAUCGAGUGAGCUCUAAUUGGCCAAAAAACACAAUGGGUACCAAAAUUGGGCCAUAACACUGCAAUAUCCCUUGUUGUAAUAAUUUGUGAAAUAUGUAUAUUUUAGGCAUUGGAAGAAAUAAAUUGGAAUGGUUUAACAAUUACA